GGUCGGCUGGGGAAACUUUUUUGUGCGCCUCGGAAUGAGUUUCAACGAUAAUCUCCUUCCCCCUUACGGAUAGGAAGACAAACACACACAAUUCUGAUAAUAAUAAAGCGAGAUUUCUUCAUGGAGAAGCACACCAAUAAUACAGUCUCCCAAUUCCUCCAUUAAAACAGAGUUCUUUCCCUCUCCUCAACCCUCCUCUGUUUCUAUUCAACCUUCAACAAUGGCCUAACCAUCUCCUCCGCCGCCGAUGGCCACUCCGCCGCUCCACGCCACCGCCUUAUCUAACUCUUCCCCUUACUCAAAUCUCUACGGAAUCCACCACAACCCUUCCCCUCCUCCUUUUCUGAAUCAAGAACACCCAGCUUUUGAUUUUGGAGAGCUUGAAGAAGCCAUCGUUUUGCAAGGAGUUAAGCUCGGAAAUGAUGAACACAAAUCGCCACAUUUUGUUUCAGGGAGGCCUGCUGCUACUCUUGAAAUGUUCCCUUCUUGGCCAAUAAGGUUUCAACAAACCCCAACAAUGGGAGAAGGUUCAAAGUCAGAGAGCACUGAUUCAGGUUCAGCGAACAUAAACAACGCGCUCACAAGCAAAACAGAGUUGGAAAUGGAAUCUGAUUCGCCGAUUAGCAGAAGGCUCUGUUCUUCAGCUCAAGGAUUUGACCAAGUUCUUCAUCAUCAUCAUCAUCAUCAUCUUCAAACAGAGCUUGAAGAUGAUGCCUUGAGAAUAGAACCAUCAUCGCACCCUAAUCAAUCCCCUGUCGAAGGAAAGAGAAAAGGAGGUGGUUCAACAUCAGAGAGGCAGCUUGAUCCAAAGACACUGAGACGUUUGGCUCAAAACCGAGAAGCUGCAAGAAAGAGCCGUCUGAGGAAGAAGGCUUAUAUUCAGCAACUAGAGUCCAGUAGAAUGAAGCUCUCUCAGCUUGAACAAGACCUCCAUAGAGCACGUUCUCAGGGAUUGUUUCUAGGAGCUUGUGGUGGCGUUAUGGGUGGCAAUAUCAGCUCCGGAGCUGCAAUAUUUGACAUGGAGUAUGCACGUUGGCUAGACGACGACCACCGUCUAAUGGCAGAGCUGCGGGCGGCGCUGCAUGGGUAUCUCCCGGACGGUGACCUCCAAGCAAUAGUAGACAAUUACAUCUCCCACUACGACGAAAUCUUUCACCUGAAAAGUGUGGCGGCGAAAUCCGACGUGUUUCAUUUGAUUACCGGAAUGUGGAUGACUCCGGCGGAGCGUUGCUUCCUGUGGAUCGGCGGAUUCCGACCAUCUAAGCUGAUAGAGAUGCUAAUUCCACAAUUAGAAACAUUAACAGAUCAACAAGCUGUGGAAAUCUGUAGUUUACAAAGAUCUUCACAAGAAACAGAGGAUGCUCUGUAUCAAGGGCUCGAACAGCUCCAACAUUCUCUCAUACGUGCCAUCGCCGGUACCGCCGUCGUUGACGGUAUCAACCAUAUGGCCGCUGCCGCAGGCCAACUCUCCAAUCUCGAAGGCUUCAUCCGUCAGGCUGAUAUGUUGAGACAACAAACGCUUCAUCAAGUACGUCGAAUUCUGACAAUUCGACAAGCCGCACGAUGUUUCGUCGUGAUUGGAGAAUACUACGAAAGACUUCGAGCUCUUAGUUCUUUGUGGGUCUCCCGACCCAGAGAGAAUUGCAUGAACGAGGAGAACUCAUGCCAAACAACGACCGAGCUACAAAUGAUUCAGAAUUCGCACCACCAUUUCCCGAACUUUUGAUGAAAUAUUAUAAAGCCUAAGCUUUUGUUAGAUUAGGCACUAAAAUGAUCCAUUUGGUUGGGUUGCUAUCAUAUAUUUCAUCAUGAAUUAGAAGAAAACCAACUUUUAAUAUCUUUAUCUUCUUCAUCCAAUGGGGAAAAAAGUAAGUUCUUAAAAAGGGUUAUACUGUUCU